AUGGCUCGUCCAUUCGCUAGGAGAGCCGCAGCCCCCCUCGUUGCGACGGCUGUCGGUGGGGGGAUAGUCUACCUUUCUGUCGCUGCUCUCGAGCCUUGGAAGUACCAGAACCCCUUCCUUAUACAUGCCGACUCAGCAGCCCAACCAGAUUUCCGAGUCGAUCCAAAAUCUCAGCUUCCCUUCCGUGUCGAUCCCGAAACCUCUAUUGAGUUCCCCAUCACUCUCAGCACCACCACACCCACUCCCGCGCUUACGCUCGUCGGUCUUGGUGUACGGAAAGUGUCGUUCUUGAGGAUCAAGGUGUAUAGCGCCGGGUUCUAUGUGCAAGAGGGCGCUACUAGAUGUCUACACUAUAUCCCAGGGUGGUCUUCUUUCACGGCGCAACAUCUCUUGACCCCCCCUACUCCUUCAGCUGAUCCUCUACUGUCCCCUCAAUUGUCUGGCGAGGCUCUGAUGGCGAAUCUGUUGGAUCAGAAAGUAGGAUGCGCUGUUAGAAUCGUGCCGAAUAGAAACACGGACUUUGGCCACUUGCGCGAUGCUUUCGUGAGGUCGCUGAAUGCCAGGCAGAAGGCCAUGCGCCAAGAAGGCGCCCUCAGUGAAGCUGAAGAAGAGCGUCUCACCACCUCGAUCCAAUCUUUCAAAGCCUUCUUCCCGUCCUCCGUCGUACCGAAAGGCAAAUCCCUUGUUCUCUUACGUCCAGCUGAGGGAGGCAUCGUUGUCGAGUACGAGGGAUCUAUCCUUGGCAGACUGGAUGACCCUUGGGUGGGCAAACAGUUGAUGUUGACGUACUUUGCGGAUAACGGUGUUGUUUCAGAGAAGCUCAAGGAAGAUGUCGCACAUGGGCUUGAAGGGUUUGUGCAGCGGAACAGGCCUCCUCCUCAAUAG